CCCGCGUCCGCGCCCACUGGGUCUCACGCAGCAGCAGGGCUGAGGCGGGCGGCCCUGCCUUCUUGGCCAGGAAAGGCGAGGCCCGCGGCUUCUCCUCGGCGUUCCCGGCUGGGACGGCCGCCAGGGCUCUGGGCCGGCCUCCAGCUCCAAGCACAGAGGAGACGCCCCUCGAGUUGCUGCGGAGCAGACUUUUCAGUGCCCGCCCGCCCGGAACAUGUCCCUCUCCGGGGGCCAGAGACGGUGAGGAGGCCGCGCGGCGGCCGUCAGCUCUGUGCCAUGCGGACGCCGCUGCCACUCUGCCUCGGGGACUUCUGGCUGCUGCUCCUGUGCUGCACGUGGCAGGUACAGGGAGCCCAGCCAGGGGCCCAGGACCACCCAGGGUUUGCGGUCCUCGCCUCUGCUUCCCAUUACUGGCCGCUGGAGCGAGUGGACGGGAUCCAUGAACUUCAGGAUGUGACUGGAGCGUCUCCAGCUUUCAACCUCACUGUGCUCCCCUCCCACACCUCCGUCUUUGUGCCCGCCAGCGACUCUGCCUACUCCAAUCUCUCUGCAACCGUAGACCUCAUGGAAGCCAAGGUCAACAAGAGCAUCUACCUCUGGGAGAAGAAGGGGGUGACGCUGCUCCUGCACAGCAGCACCUCCUGCAUCAGCCUCCCUGAGCGGUGCGGCCAUGCGGGGGUCACCUUCUCCUUCUUCUGGAAGAUCCAGGGAGAGCAGUCCCGGCCGGCCCCUUCCACGUACAGGGGACAGGUGAUCUCCGACGCCUUCAAGGUCUGCUCCAGCGGCAGCCGGGGCUCUGUGGAGCUGUACACGCGAGCAAACUUCAUGACGUGGAAGGCCACCUUCAGCCUGCUGGGCCCCUACUGGACUCAUGUCCUGUUCACGUGGAACUCCAAGGAGGGCCUGAAAGUCUACAUCAACGGCACCCUGAGCACGUCCCAGCCCCGUGGGAAGGUGUCGCACAGCUACGGGGAGCCCAGCGCCAGCCUCGUGAUCGGGCCGGAGCAGGACCAGGCCGCAUGCUACGAGAAUGGCGCUUUCGACGAGUUCAUCUUCUGGGAGCGGGCGCUGACCCCCGCGGAGGUCUGGAUGUACUUCUCGGCGGCUGUGGGAAAGCACGGUUUGUGGUCAUCCACGCCGCCCAGCUUCACGCCGCCGACAGUCGGCACUACAAUGCCCACAGAUGCCUACCACCUCAUCAUAGCCAGCCUAGAGGAGGAGGGGAAGAGCUUCUCGCAGCCCGGAGCCGCACUGAGCUACCUCCAGAAUGUGUCCCUCAGCUUGCCCAAUACGUCUCUCUCGGAGGAAACAGCGCUGAAUCUCACGAAGACCUUCCUCUGGACCGUGGGCGAGGUGUUGCUGCUGCCCAGCUGGAUGGCGGCGUCAGAGGACAAAGCCCUGGUGCCAGGCCUCCUCGACACCAUCGACGUGGUCUUGGGCCAUGUAUCCUUCAAGGUGCCCGGUGGCAGGCCCCAGGUCACCUUCACAGGCUCCUCUUCCGUGGCAGACUUCUCCGUGGCCAGGCUCCUCCCGAGGUCCCUGAGUGCAGCCCACUACCGCUUCCCUGCCCACGGGGACAGCUACAUCGAGAUUCCCAGCGAGGCCCUGCGCGGCCCAGCCUGGACCUCAGUCGUGGGUCUUCUCUACCACUCCAUGCACUACUACAUCAGCAACAUCCACCCUGCCAGCACCACGAUUGCCACGGCGGCCAGCUGCAGGGAUGGCCUCCUAUCCGCUGCCAGUCCGCUCAUCUCCUUGGAGGUGCGACCCCCACCUGCGCUGUCCCGCAACCUCUCGGGGUCCCCCUUGGUCACCGUGCACCUCAGACACAGACUGACUCGCAAGCAGUACGUGGAUGCUACCAAUGCCAGCAACCGAGUCUUCCUGUACUGCGCCUUCCUGGAGUUCAGCUCUGGGAAAGGUGUGUGGUCGAGCCAGGGCUGUGCACGCAGGGAAGGAAACCUGUCCCACUCCAUCUGCCGCUGCACACACCUCACCAACUUUGCCAUCCUCAUGCAAGUGGUCCCGCUGGAGCUCCCACGUGGACACCAGGUGGCGCUGUCGUCCAUCAGUUAUGUUGGCUGUGUGCUGUCCGUGCUCUGCCUGGCCGCCACGCUGGUCACCUUCGCCGUGCUGUCCUCCGUCAGCACCAUCAGGAACCAGCGUUACCACAUCCACGCCAACCUGUCCUGUGCCGUCCUGGUGGCCCAGGUACUCCUGCUCAUCAGCUUCCAUGCAGAGCCGGGCACGGUCCCCUGCCAGGCGCUGGCCACGCUGCUACAUUACUUCUUCCUGAGCGCCUUCGCCUGGAUGCUGGUGGAGGGGCUGCACCUAUACAGCAUGGUGAUCAAGGUGUUCGGGUCAGAGGGCGGCAAGCAUCUCUACUACUAUGGCAUCGGAUGGGGCUUCCCCCUGGUCAUCUGUACCGUCUCUAUCUCCUUCGCCAUGGACAGCUACGGGACAAGCAACAACUGCUGGCUGUCGCUGGGGACAGGAGCCAUCUGGGCCUUUGUGGGCCCCGCCCUGCUGGUCAUUGUGGUCAACAUUGGCAUCCUCAUUGCGGUCACCAGGGUCAUCUCCCAGAUCAGUACCGACAGCUACAAGCUCCACGGGGACCCCAGUGCCUUCAAGCUGACAGCCAAGGCUGUGGCUGUGCUGCUGCCCAUCCUGGGGACCUCGUGGGCCUUUGGCGUGCUGGCCGUCAAUGACCAGGCCUUGGUCUUCCAGUACAUGUUCGCCGUGCUCAACUCCCUGCAGGGCGGUUUCAUCUUCCUCUUCCACUGUCUCCUGAACUCUGAGGUGAGAGCCGCCUUCAAGCACAAGACCAAGGUCUGGUCUCUCACCGGCAGUGCGGCCCGCAGCGCCAGCGGGAAGCCCUUCAGCUCGGACGUUAUGAACGGGACCCGCCCAGGCAUGGCCUCCACCAGGCUCAGCCCCUGGGACAAGAGCAGCCACUCUGCCCAGCGCGUGGACCUGUCUGCUGUGUGAGAGGGGUGUGGCCAGCGUGUCGCUGUGAGCCGGAGCGCACUGACACAGCCCUCUGCUGCAUGCUGGCCCCCAGCCCUGGACCCCAGGGCUGCACGUGACACACAGGCUGUCAUGGCCGACCACGGCGUGGGCCUCCUGUCCCAGGUGUGCAGAACACAACUCCGAGCCAUGAUUUUCCCCACGUCCACAUGCAGAGCACAGGGCCUGCGCGGCUGUGGCACCUGGCGUCCCAAGUCUCCAAGCUGAGGCCAGCAGAGCCACCUCUCCUUUCCGCAAAUGGUCCUUGCCUCUGUCUGUGCUGGGCUCUGGGCUGGAGUCUCCGGCUGUCUGGAGCAGGACACUGGCCCUGUCUUUGGGGCCAGUGCCACCGCCCUGUGGCAGCCACUGCCCAGCGGCCUGGGCUUUGGGCCAUCGUAGGCACCGCCGUGGAGCAGCGUCUCAGCCGUGUCCUGCAUGCCAUUCCUCUCUGGAGCAAGGCCAGCCUAGGCCCCCCAGCACGAGCUGGCCCUGUCCUCCCCGCCCUGAAGCUCACGGCCUC